AUUCUCUAGGUUUUUGUGUGUAUAACUGUGUUGUAUUUCUGUUACUGACUCUCAGUAGUAGACAUGCUUGCCUUGAGUGUGAGGGUCAGGCAUCAUGAAAUUAAAUGUCGAUCAAUGUCAUGCUGCUAAGAUUAAUUGUGCAAACUUGGUUAGUUGAGUGGCACAGUGAUCACUGGUCACCCACUCUGGCAGCAUCAUUAGCAGCCAGGGAGGAGGACCCUAUUCACAUGCUCAGCCCUGAUUUUUUGGGGUGUGUUUUGUGGGGGUGUUUGCAUGUGUGAUUGCAAACGAAAUAGUAUUAACAAUGCUUGGCUGAAUGCUGGAGGCUGGUUCUGACAACCUGACUAAUAUAAUACUGUUAUAAGCCUUUUUGAGGGAGUCUCUGUGCAGUCAGCCAUUUUAGCUUUUUUUUUUUUUCCUCCUUUUUCUUUUCCUCCCAUUCUUCAGUCUCAGGGAAUGAUUUUGUUCGCUUGGAGGAAUGCUGGAUGUUUAGAGCUUCAUCAGACUCCUUACAUCCUGACAUGCUUAGACUUUCAGUGUUGCAAAAAUGGAGACGAACGCUGUUGUUUGGAUUGCUUUUCUGUAUUACAAGUGUGAGAGGGUUUUUGAGCUUAGCGGUAGUGACACUUUAAGCUCUAUCUUGGUUUCUCCCCCCCCUCCCCUUCUUCUUGUAAUUUAAUGCUGUAGAGGGUGACUUUCCAUCCAUGAGAAAUUGGUACAUGAUGUGUAAAUUCAGUUCAGCAUAUGUUUCUUCAUUAUGAAACCACUAGCAAUCUCAGCUAACCAUGGAGUUAUGGGCCAGCAGGAGAAACAUUCACUUCCUGCAGAUUUCACAAAACUGCAUCUUACUGACAGUCUCCACCCACAGGUGACCCAUGUUACCUCUAGUCACUCAGGAUGUAGCAUCACUAGUGAUUCUGGAAGCAGCAGCCUUUCUGAUAUCUACCAGGCCACAGAAAGUGAGGCUGGUGACAUGGAUCUGAGUGGGUUACCAGAGACUGCAGUGGAUUCAGAGGAUGAUGAUGAUGAAGAAGAUAUUGAGAGGGCAUCAGACCCUCUGAUGAGCAGAGAUAUUGUUAGAGACUGCUUGGAGAAAGACCCAAUAGACAGGACAGAUGAUGAUAUUGAACAACUAUUGGAAUUCAUGCAUCAGUUGCCUGCUUUUGCCAACAUGACAAUGUCAGUGAGGAGAGAACUUUGUGCUGUGAUGGUAUUUGCAGUUGUGGAGAGGGCAGGAACCAUAGUAUUAAACGAUGGGGAAGAGCUGGAUUCAUGGUCAGUGAUACUGAAUGGUUCUGUGGAAGUGACACAUCCUGAUGGAAGAACAGAGAUACUAUGUAUGGGAAAUAGUUUUGGUGUUUCCCCUACCAUGGACAAGGAAUACAUGAAAGGAGUGAUGAGAACCAAAGUGGAUGACUGCCAGUUUGUGUGCAUAGCCCAACAAGAUUACUGCCGCAUCCUCAAUCAAGUGGAAAAAAACAUGCAGAAAGUAGAAGAGGAGGGAGAGAUAGUUAUGGUAAAGGAGCACAGGGAGCUUGAUCGCACUGGAACAAGAAAGGGUCACAUUGUCAUCAAGGGAACGUCAGAAAGGUUAACAAUGCAUUUGGUGGAGGAGCACUCAGUGGUGGACCCAACCUUUAUAGAGGAUUUCCUUUUGACCUACAGGACCUUUCUUUCCAGUCCAAUGGAAGUGGGCAAGAAGUUGUUGGAGUGGUUCAAUGACCCUAGCCUCAGGGAUAAGGUUACACGGGUAGUACUGUUAUGGGUGAACAAUCACUUCAAUGAUUUUGAAGGAGAUCCUGCUAUGACUCGAUUUUUAGAGGAAUUUGAGAACAAUUUGGAAAGAGAGAAAAUGGGUGGACAUCUGAGGCUAUUAAAUAUUGCAUGUGCUGCUAAAGCUAAACGAAGAUUGAUAACAUUGACAAAGCCAUCUCGAGAAGCCCCUUUGCCUUUUAUCUUGCUGGGAGGGUCAGAAAAGGGAUUUGGAAUCUUUGUUGACAGUGUGGAUUUAGGCAGUAAAGCCACAGAAGCAGGCUUGAAACGUGGUGACCAGAUACUGGAGGUGAAUGGUCAAAAUUUUGAAAACAUUCAGCUGUCAAAAGCCAUGGAAAUUCUUAGAAAUAAUACUCAUUUAUCUAUCACUGUGAAAACCAACUUAUUCGUUUUUAAAGAACUUCUAACAAGAUUGUCUGAGGAGAAAAGAAAUGGUGCUCCCCAUCUGCCUAAAAUUGGUGAUAUUAAAAAGGCCAGUCGUUAUUCUAUCCCAGACCUUGCUGUUGAUGUGGAGCAGGUGAUAGGACUAGAAAAAGUAAAUAAGAAAAGUAAAGCCAACACUGUUGGAGGAAGAAACAAACUUAAGAAGAUACUUGACAAAACUCGAAUCAGUAUCCUGCCUCAGAAACCAUACAAUGACAUUGGAAUUGGCCAGUCACAGGAUGACAGCAUCGUAGGAUUGAGGCAGACCAAACACAUUCCUCCUGCUUUACCUGUCAGUGGAACACUGUCAUCCAGUAAUCCAGAUUUAUUACAGUCACAUCACCGCAUCUUAGACUUCAAUACUACUCCAGAUUUGCCAGACCAAGUUCUGAGGGUUUUCAAGGCAGAUCAACAAAGUCGUUAUAUUAUGAUCAGUAAGGACACAACAGCGAAGGAAGUUGUCAUUCAGGCAAUCAGAGAGUUUGCUGUAACUGCUACUCCCGAUGCAUACUCUUUGUGUGAAGUGUCUGUCACUCCAGAGGGAGUAAUCAAGCAAAGGAGGCUUCCAGAUCAAUUAUCCAAGCUUGCUGAUAGGAUACAGUUAAGUGGCAGGUAUUACUUGAAAAACAACAUGGAGACAGAAACAUUGUGUUCAGAUGAAGAUGCUCAGGAAUUAUUGCGGGAAAGUCAAAUUUCCCUGCUGCAGCUUAGUACUAUUGAGAUGGCUGCGCAGCUUUCCAUGAGAAACUUUGAGCUCUUUCGUAAUAUUGAACCCACAGAGUACAUAGAUGACCUGUUUAAACUCAAAUCUAAAACCAGUUGUGCUAACUUGAAAAAGUUUGAAGAAGUGAUAAACCAAGAAACAUUUUGGGUAGCUUCUGAGAUUCUAAGGGAAACCAACCAGCUAAAAAGAAUGAAGAUUAUUAAACAUUUCAUUAAGAUAGCACUACACUGCAGAGAAUGCAAGAACUUCAACUCCAUGUUUGCAAUUAUCAGUGGCCUGAAUUUGGCACCGGUUGCAAGGCUCCGCACUACUUGGGAAAAACUUCCAAGCAAAUACGAGAAGCUGUUUCAAGAUCUACAAGACUUGUUUGAUCCAUCUAGGAACAUGGCAAAAUAUCGUAAUGUCCUGAACAGCCAAAACCUACAGCCUCCCAUUAUUCCACUCUUCCCUGUUAUCAAAAAGGACCUUACGUUUCUUCAUGAAGGAAAUGACUCAAAAGUGGAAGGCUUGGUCAAUUUUGAGAAGCUGAGAAUGAUUGCAAAAGAAAUUCGCCAUGUUGGUCGAAUGGCUUCUGUGAACAUAGAUCCUGCUGUAAUGUUCAGAACUAGGAAGAAGAAAUGGAGGAGUUUGGGGUCUCUCAGUCAGGGCAGUACAAAUGCAGCAGUGCUAGAUGUUGCACAAACAGGAGGACACAAAAAGCGGGUUCGUCGCAGUUCCUUUCUCAAUGCCAAAAAACUGUAUGAAGAUGCUCAGAUGGCACGAAAAGUGAAGCAGUACCUCUCUAACUUGGACCUGGAAAUGGAUGAAGAGAGCCUCCAGACUCUGUCUCUGCAGUGUGAGCCAGCUACCAACACAUUACCGAAGAAUCCAGGUGACAAACGGUCUGGGAAACAAGAAACGUCACCAGUGGCACCUAGAGCAGGAAUUCAGCAGAAGAUGCAGCAACAACAUAAAAUAAACCAAGCAUUACAGGUCCCUGCUGUGUCCCUCUAUCCCUCUCGCAAGAAAGUACCAGUUAAAGACCUCCCACCAUUUGGUAUUAACUCCCCACAAGCGUUAAAGAAAAUUCUUUCAUUGUCUGAAGAGGGGAUUUUGGACCGUCAUAAGAAGCAAGCUGAAGACACAAUAUCAAAUGCAUCUUCACAGUUGUCUUCUCCUCCCACUUCACCGCAGACCUCUCCAAGAAAAGGUGCCAGUGGCAAUCAGCUGAGAUCUUAUGGCUCCAGACAGUCGGAUCUAACCAGUUCCUCCUCUUCUCUUGGAAGUGAGAACAGUAACAAGAAUAACAAUGCACCAUGGACCUAUAGGAUAGGUUAUACUUUGGCUCCUAGUGGCACAGUGGAUAACUUUUCAGAUUCUGGUCACAGCGAAAUUUCUUCCAGAUCUAGUAUUGUCAGCAAUUCUUCAUUUGACUCCAUGCCAGUCUCACUGCAUGAUGAGAGGAGACAGAGGCAUUCUGUCAGCAUUGUGGAGACUAAUCUUGGUGUGGGGAGAAUUGAUAGAAGACCCAUGAUUGAACCAGAUCAAUACAGUUUAGGAUCAUAUGCACCGCUGUCAGAGAACAGAGGCCUGUAUGCUGGAGCAACAGUGCUUUCUUCUCCCAGUACAGAGGAGCUAUCACAGGAUCAGGGGGAUCGCACUUCACUUGAUGCUGCAGACAGUGGCCGUGGCAGCUGGACUUCUUGCUCAAGCGGUUCUCAUGACAACAUACAGACAAUACAGCACCAGAGAAGCUGGGAGACUCUUCCUUUUGGACAUAUUCAUUUCGAUAGUUCAGGCGAUGGGGCAGGAUUGUGGGCCUCAGGCAGUCAUAUGGACCAGAUGAUGUUCCCUGAUCAUGGCACAAAAUAUGGCAGGCAGAGUCAAGGUAGGGAGGGCCUUGAUCAAGCACAGUCCAGAGCAAGCUGGGCAUCCUCAACAGGCUACUGGGGAGAGGACUCAGAAGGUGAUACUGGUACCAUAAAGCGGAGGGGUGGGAAGGAUGUUUCAAUGGAAGCUGAAACCAGUAGCAUAACAUCUGUAACAGCAGAGGAGUCAAAGCCAGCUCCCAUGCCCUCUCAUAUAGCUGUAUCAUCAAGUAGUGCAAAGGGGCUUAUUGCACGAAAAGAAGGUCGAUAUCGAGAACCACCUCCAACUCCUCCUGGCUAUGUAGGAAUACCUAUUGCAGACUUUGCGGAAGGCAUUUCCCAUCCAACCAGAAAACCUCCAGAUUACAACGUAGCACUUCAGAGGUCUAGGAUGGUGGCACGGACAUGUGAAACCCAGGGGACUUCAACUUUGCCGCAGCAAUCGCACAGUCAUUCAGCUGGCAAGCCUGGUAACAAACCUCAGUGGCACAAACCAAAUGAGUCAGACCCACGUCUUGCUCACUAUCCAUCUCAAGGGUUUUCCACAGAGGAAGAUGAAGAUGAACAAGUCUCUGCCGUCUAAGAAUUGGGGCUUUUCUGGAUCCAGAGUGAGCCACCUUAAAGGAGAGCACAAGAAGACGUCCCUAGUAUAGGAGCCUUGGAACUAUAAUUAAAGGAUGGUAGACCUAUUUGCCUCCUUCCCUGCCUUAAAGCAGCAUGGGGCUUCUUCUCCCCUCCUUCCUCCCCCAUUCCCCUUGCAUGUGAAAUACUGUGAAGAAAUCGCCCUGGCACUUUUCAAACUGUGUUGCUUGAAAUGCACAGUGCAGCAGUCUCCAAGCUACCACUGUCGCUGUCUGCCACAUCACACAGUAUCAUUCCAAAUUGCAAGAUCAUCACAUCAAGAUGAUUAACUCUGGCUGCACUUCCCAAUGCCUGGAAGGGUUUUUAAAUCUUCCUUUUAGAUUUUAAUCACAAUUCUAGCACUUUGUCUCGUUGGGAUAAUGAGAUAAGCUAAUUGUCAAACUACAUUGAGCCUUUAAGUACAAAAGAGAAAAAUACAUUGAAAUCUUCAAGUAUACAAUGCUUGUUUGCUUGUUUACAAUGCCUUUGUUAGUGCUGUAUGUUGUUGUGUUCAGAGAGCAAAUGUUACACCUACAUAAUAAUUACAGUAUUAUUCCAUACUUUUUAGUAGGGUUGCCAGCCUGGGCUCCUAAAAACAAAACUGACAUGGCUGAGCAGGGCAGAAUGGAAGGCAGCAAGGGUUAUGGCGUACAGCCUUUCAUUGGCCACCUAGCUCUACUCUUAAAUUGCCCCACCCUGGAGUCUUAGAAAGUUUGUAAAUCAUAGGAUAACUGGUAUUGUAAAAUGAGUGUAGCAUCAAUGCAAAAGGAAGUGCUUGCAAAAUGGAGGAAAACAGGACAACUUGUAUUGUUUGUACAAUACAAUGUGUAUACCUGUGCCUUGUGGAGUACAGGAUGGCAUAGUGUAAAAAAAAAGUCCUAUUCAAAUGAGACAGAUGACAGACCCCACUUUUAAAUUAUAUUUUUGUUUUACUGUGGUUAGAAGUUUAGUUACAUUGAGAAAAAUUAACUGGAUAACAUUGCAGUGAAGGCAAUUUUGGGAUGUCACAGCUAAUGUCAGCUGUUAUUACUGAUCUAAUCUCUUUAUUGACGUGGCAUUAGGAAAUAAACAAGCCUUUAAAUUAUGAAAAAAACACCUUUAGAUAUGCCAGCCUUUGCGAUGCAGAAAUAGUCACAACUGUUAAUGGCUUUACGGAACACUGCAUGUGUAGAGAAGGCCAAUGUGUAGCAACCACCUGCUCACAGCUGCUAUAACCCUGUAAUGACUGAAAUGACCCUUCCCCUCUAUUUUUGUGUUGUUUUUGCACAGACUCCGGAAAAGUGAAGGCUGCCAAUCCGAGUAGUACUCAAAUGUGAGGAACUGCUGGUCUUGGAUUUUUUUUUUCCAUUGAACUCAGCUGAUCAUAUUGAUCAGUAGAUAAACGUAAAUAUCUUCAACUUCAAAGAUCAAAUCGCAGUGUUUUUUCACUGUAUCAAACAAUGUCAGUGCUUUAUUUAAUUAUUCUCUCUCUUGUAAUCAUGGCUUUUGUCUAUUUGCUUAUAUAUCACAUUGUCAAUUAUGAAUUUGUAAUUUACAUGUAAUAUGCAUUAUUUGCCAGUUUUAUUAUAUAGGCUAUGGACCUCAUGUGCAUAUAGAAAGACAGAAACCUAGCUCUAUCACCAGUUGCACAAAUAUUAUAUACGCAUUAAGUAAUUGUAGACCAUAGGACUGCUAAUCUCAGUUCACUCUGUGAUGUCAAGUGCAGAAUGUACAAUUAACUGGUUAUUUCCUCAUACUUUUGAUACUACUUGUACCUGUAUGUCUUUUAGAAAGACAUUGGUGGAGUCUGUAUCCCUUUUGUAUUUUUAAUACAAUAAUUGUACAUAUUGGUUAUAUUUUUGUUGAAAAUGGUAGAAAUGUACUAUGUUUAUGCUUCUACAUCCAAUUUGUAUGAAGCUGAAAAAUAAAUAAAUAUAACAUUAA